AGAGAGGAAGGGCGGGCGAGGGUGGGCGGGAAACAGCCCAGCCCCGAACAAAAGGCCGGGGAAGCGGGGCUCCCGCCCGUGAAAUGCAGGCCGGGCGCGCUGGAGCCGGUGCGCGGGGCGAGCCGCUGGCGGGUGUGGAUCGCACUCCUGGGCCACCAUGGAGACCUCACCCUCGAUUUAGUUGUUAUUUAGUAUGGAAGAAGAUGAGUUCUUUGGAGAGGAAACGUUCCAGCAUUAUUGUGCAGAAUUCAUUAAACAUUCACAGAAGAUAGGCGAUGGCUGGGAAUGGAGAACUUCAAAGGACUGUUCUGAUGGCUACAUGUGCAAAACACAGUUUCAAAUUAAAAAUAGGACUGCAGUGUCACAUCGAGGAACAUCUGCCCGUGUACAAACAUGUCUUCCCAUGGAGGAGGCUUUAGAGCCACCCCUGGAUGAUUUUGAGGUGACGGAGACCACCACGGCAACCGAAGUGAUUAAAUAUGAGUAUCAUGUCUUAUAUUCCUGCAGCUACCAAGUGCCUGUGCUUUACUUUAGGGCAAGCUUUUUAGAUGGAAGCCCUUUAGCUCUGAAGGACAUAUGGGAAGGAGUUCAUGAGUGCUAUAAGACUCGGCUGCUGCAUGGACCGUGGGACACUAUUACCCAACAGGAGCAUCCGAUACUUGGACAACCCUUUUUUGUACUUCAUCCCUGCAAGACGAAUGAAUUCAUGACUCCUGUGUUAAAAAAUUCUCAGAAAUUCAAUAGGAAUGUCAACUACAUCACGUCAUGGCUGAGCAUGGUAGGGCCAGCUGUCGGGCUGAAUCUGCCUCUGAGUUACGCCAGAGCAGCCUUUCAGGAUGAAGGAAAUGUCGACAGACAAGAUUCAUUUAUUGAGCCAAAGAGCUUAGAAGAACUCUGAGAGUUUAUGUGGCCGGCCCUGGUUUUAACGGGACCAAUAUGGUGUGAGAUUUCAGAUCACCGAGAUUUUGACGUGGAUUUUUUUUCCCUUGGAAGCAAAUGUCUGCAGCAACUGAUGUACUCUAUGUUUAGAAGAAACACUGCAAAGACACAAAUCACUGUAAAUAGCAAAAAAGGAAUCUAACUCGGUAAUAGAAAUACUGACAUCAUCAGGGCACUUCCAGGUCGUUCUCUCAUGUCUCUGAGACUCAUUCUCUUCAUCUUUAAUUUGAGAAUAACAAGCUACCUCACAGGGUUGCUGUGUGAAGCACAUGAGAACCUUAGUGUAUGAGAAAAUAUGGUAAAGUAUUAUGCAAAUAUUCAUUAAAUGGUCACCUUUCUUAUAUUUGACUGUCAUUCACCUAGGCUGUCAAUAAGUUUAAUAGUCAGCAAGAUAUUAAGAUGAACCAUAGAAUUUUCGGUGUGGGGUUGCCUGUUUUGUUUUUCAUUUUAACUUGCUAGGGUCUUAAACUAGGAGAAAAAUGUAAUUGACUCUUUAGAGCAUCUAGAUUAGUGUCUGUCAGUGGGGGAUGCACUUUAGAGUCACUUGAGGAUCUUUUACAAUUACAGACGCUGGGGCCACCUGCUGGAACAGCCCCUCUGGGGUGAUUCUGAUGCACAUGCUCCUGAAGAAGUUCUGGUCUGGAUGUACCUUUCGAGUGGCAUUUAUUUGUAUUGCUUUGGUCUCCCAGUAGGUCUUUUCCAAUUCUGUGCAUAGCUCCUGCAAGAUGGACUUACUUCCUAACAUUGCCCGGGCCUUGCCCCGAGAAUCUGGAUAGCAAGGAAGUCUAGGAGGCAUUUGGAGAGGCAGCCUACUUUGGGGAAGCAGUUAGGAUGAAGGGAUUAUCUGCUGGCGAAUAGCAGAGGACCGCAACAGCCCUGUGAGUCUCUAGGUUAAGGGCUGUACUCUCACGAAGGGAACAGAAGUAGAGAAAGGGUUAAUUCAAACUGCUGGAAAAGCUAAAAGUAAAUUUUAAAACGCUGAGCUGCACAUAUUCUUGCUGGGAUGAGAGCCUGCUUACAUGCUUGUUGGGCAUUUUGGUAUUUACCACUUAACAUCUUUUCAACUUCUGCAAGGGAUUUCCACCUCCCGCUCCCGACUCUCCCUAAUGUAAACACAGAUUUCUCAGCAAGUCAUUUCUCAAGCCAUGUCAUUUCUAGGGUUAAAAAAAAAAUUGUAAUAAUGUGUCAUCUGGAUGAUGUACUCGUCUGGAAAUACUAGUUAUCCUUUUUGAACAGAUUCUGAGAUGAUAGUAGUCUGUCAGUUUGGGGGCAGUGUGUAGUUUUUUUUUUUUUAAUGAAUUUAUUCAUUUUAUUUAUUUAUUUUUGGCUGUGUUGGGUCUUCGUUGCUGCGCGUGGGCUUUCUCUAGUUGCAGCGAGCGGGAGCUACUCUUCAUUGCGGUGUGCGGGUUUCUCAUUGUGGUGGCUUUUCUUGUUGUGGAGCAUGGGCUCUAGGUAGGCGGGCUUCAGUAGUUGCAGCAUGUGGGCUCAGUAGUUGUGGCUUGCGGGCUCUAGAGUGCAGGCUCAGUAGUUGUGGCGCACGGGCUUAGUUACUCCACGGCAUGUGGGAUCUUCCCAGACCAGGGCUUGAACCCAUGUCCCUUGCAUUGGCAGGUGGAUUCUCAGCCACUAGGGCACCACCAGGGAAGCCCUAGUUUCCUUUUUUUAAGUUAAUUUUUUUUUAAUUCCCUGAUUGAUGAAGACCUAAAAACUCACCAGUGGCAGCACAAAGUUCUGAAGAGCUCCUGUAGGUUGUAGAGACCACCCUCCCCAGAUAGAUGCUUCUCCUCGAGCAGCUCUAUUUCUUUUCAGAAUAUUUUUCACUUAAACUUCUAAUAUUUGGUUGAUAAAAAUUUCCAUUUUUUUAAGAAUGCAGUUAAAUAACAGACUGUUAUCCCAACUGUCAUAAAAUUAGAAAAUAUUUUGUUUUGUCAAAGUAACAGUUCUUUCUCUGCAACAUGAGGAUUUUUUUUCUUCGGGGUUUCCUCUCCAGCCAAUACAAGGCAAAGCCCCUUCAGUGAGGAACAAGACUGGUUAAAGCUGCUGCAAGUCCGUCUCCUAAACUCUACUGUUGUGUGAUCUUCGAAAAGCUGUUUCACCUCUUUGGUCCUCAGAGUCUUCAUCUGCACUAUGAGGAAGCUCAGCCAUGUGACUUGUGAGGCCCACCCGACGCUUGGGUCUGUGAAAUUGGGAGAGGUCUAGGGAGCUGGACUGUGAGGUUGGUUUGCUACUAGCUGCGUGGCUUGAGCUAAUUUUCUUAAUCUCCUUUAGUCUGUUACCACUUCUGUUUUAAAAAGUCCAUUACUAUCAAUCCCACUCACCUAACAAGGGCACAGAGAUCGCAAUGGUGAGUGAGUCUGAAUGCGCUGCAUAACUAACACAGUGCCGUGUGGAGUCAGCGGGAGAGGGUAAUCGGCCCUGCUCCCGUCGAGGCACAUGCCUGCUCCUUCCCACCUCAGUUCCGGCCUGACUUCUCCCCAGGCAAAUGGGCUCCUGGUCGGGCGCCUUCUCUGCCCACAGCCUGACUGUCGCGCAUGCUGGUUCUCACCUGGAAGUGUUUCCCUCCCCAUCUCUCUGCCCCAUUCUCAACCUGCUCUAUGUGAUCCACUCUUUACAAAGCCAUCUCUGACCACCACAGCCCCCCGUGGUGGACCUCUCCCUUUGUUAUCCCUGUACUUAUUCAUAGAAGCAUUUAACUGUCUCCUUUUCACUCUGAUUUGAUGGAUAGUAAGUAACUUACUGAGCCACUUUUUUGGGUAUGUUGUAAGGUGGCAUUCAGGAAGAGUUGCUGUCUGCCCCUCGUAAGUGAUCCAGGGAAAGCUCUCAGUCUGGGAACCCGAGUGGGUGGGCUAGUUCUUUGAGUAACCAUGGAAGGGUCAGAGGCUGUGCUGAUCAUCAGGUACUAGCCUACAAGCUGGAGGUUAAAAAAAUGAAACUACCACCCCCCACCCAAUAUGUAUAAGAUAAGGAGGAAAAAAAAGUCAGAAGUGGGUUUUUGCAUCCAUUUUUCCCAAGGUGAUGAUAGGUUUUUCUUAAUACUCUCAAGAUAUUAGGAAACGGAGAUCUGCAUUAUCAAAACUAGUUCUUCACAUAUAUAUGGAAUCUAAAAAAAAAAAAAAGUUCUGAAGAACCUAGGGGCAGGAGAGGAAUAAAGACGCAGAUGUAGAGAAUGGACUUGGCAUGGGGAGGGGGAAGGGUAAGCUGGGAUGAAGUGAGAGAGUGGCAUGGACAUAUAUACACUACCAAAUGUAAACUAGAGAGCUAGUGGGAAGCAGCUGCAUAGCACAGGGAGAUCAGCUCAGUGCUUUGUGAUCACCUAGAG